GCCGUUGUGACGUAUGCUUUGACGGCUCCGGGAAGGAAAAGGCGCAGCUAGUAAACAGAAGACCCUCCUCAUCGCGGCCUUUAAACACCGACCUACCGAACCCCGUCUGCCCGGUCCCGGUCCCGGUCGUGUAACCGCUGAGCCGUGUAACCGUCCCGUGGGUACCGUCGUGUGACCCCCCCAGCCCCCCCCCCCUCCUACACACAGAGAACCCAGAAGGCCUCUCGGAACCGGAAGAUGAUCGCGCUCAUCAACAAGCUGCUGGACUGGUUCAAGGCGCUGUUCUGGAAGGAGGAGAUGGAGCUGACCCUGGUGGGGCUGCAGUACUCCGGCAAGACCACCUUCGUGAACGUCAUCGCGUCCGGCCAGUUCAGUGAAGACAUGAUCCCCACAGUUGGAUUCAACAUGAGGAAGAUCACGAAGGGCAACGUCACCAUCAAGCUGUGGGACAUCGGGGGUCAGCCUCGGUUCCGGAGCAUGUGGGAGCGCUACUGCCGAGGAGUCAGCGCCAUCGUCUACAUGGUGGACGCGGCCGAUCCAGAGAAGAUCGAAGCCUCCAAGAACGAACUCCACAACCUGCUGGACAAACCCCAGCUGCAGGGAAUUCCUGUCCUGGUCCUGGGCAAUAAGAGGGACCUCCCAGGAGCCCUGGACGAGAAGGAGCUCAUAGAGAGGAUGAACCUGUCGGCCAUCCAGGACCGAGAGAUCUGCUGCUACUCCAUCUCAUGCAAGGAGAAGGACAACAUCGACAUUACUCUUCAGUGGUUGAUCCAACACUCCCGGACUAAGAGGAGUUCCUGAGAACAGGCCACGCCCCUCCCCCAACAGAACGGGCCACGCCCACCUGUCCAACACACACUCUUUGGAUCAAACCCCUCCCCCGCUCUUCACCUCCUUCCUCCUCCUCCCUCCUUCCUCCCACCAGUCUCCCCUUGAGAUGCACUGAUGCCUCGUUUCUCAUGAAAUAUAAAUAUCGAAGCAGGUCGAACGCGUCAGAAACGGAUCCACUUCCUGUUUCCUGGCUUUUUAAAAGUAUUACCGCGACUCUUUCGUGAGCCGAUAAUCUCAAACGUCUUGUUGAUGAUAAUCGUUAUGAACGAAUGAUUGACAGCUGAUUAGAAGCAUUAAUGAAAUGGAGCUAACGGAUAUGUUGUUAAUUUUCUUUGUUUUUGUUUUUUAUUCACACUACAGAAGUCUUCAUUUCUACAAUAAAAACAUUAUAUAUAUAUAUUCAUAUAUAUAUAUAUAUAUAUAUAUAUUCAUAUUCCUCCCCACAAGAUGAGACUCCCUAAAAACCACGAGUUGACACUAAAAGUCUCUUUUUCUUUAGUAACUGAACAGAAAGGCGUCAUCAGAGCUUCCUCAGAUCCACAACAGCCUCCUCAAUGAUCCGCCUGUUUAACUUUUAUCAUUAAAAUAAGGAGCUUUGAGCCUGUUUGGUGGAUUUCCCAUGAUCCUCCUCUUCCCCCCCGCCCCCUGAUCCCCCACCUUCAUCCCCUCACAGGUCUGCCUUCAUCGUUCCCUCUCUCCUUAGAUUGCUUCCCUUUCUACCUCCACAUGGUUCAUCCAUCCACACCUCCUUUAUAUGAUCCUGAGAAGCUCCUCCUCCUCCUCCUCUUCCUCCUCCUCCUCCUCCUCCUCCUCCUCCUUCGUAAACUGCUCGUCCUCCUCUGUGUUCCCUCUAUCCUUCCUUCCUCUUUUAUUUUUGGAUGUUACCUUCUUUCUCGUUCCCUCGUUGCCAAGCCCCGCCCCCUCGCCGUGCCGAGCGAGGGAUUAAAAAAAAAAACUUUUUAUUGCACUGUUUUGAUUUUGGUUUUUGUAAGAUAUUAAUAAUGUUAAUAAUCUUCUUAUUGUGACAUAACCUGGUCUGUCCAGAUUUAAGGAAGUUGGUACUCUGAACUGGAGAAAUGUUGUUUCUGUUCAUAUCUCUGUAAUAAGCUUUUUAUUCUUUGUUUUAUAUUGUUGUUUUUUUUAUUAUUAUUGUCAUGUCUCUGGAUGUAAGCCGCUGAUUGGUCCUCGGGGUGUCACGUGAUCACACGCAGCGUUCACGCGUCCCGUCGGAUAUAAAACGCAGCCAUGUAAUUAAUUAAGCGUUGAAACUCCCGCAUAUUAAAUGUUUAUUUUAAAAUCCAUUUAUUUGAACCGUUUUCAUCUAUUUGUUUAUUUUGAUUCUCGAGGGAUUUUCACCAUUUGUGACGCCACGAACAAUAAAUCGUGUUUAUGAACUAAUUUAAUAAUGUAAUAGUCACAACAGAAGAUAUUCCUCUGCAGAAAAAUAUUGAAAAUAAAUUUAAAACGCA